UCCCGUCGGGCCGUUGUAUAUAAAUGGCCGGACGGUGGCAGUGCAGGGUCGGGUGGCUGUUUAUAAACGGCCUCCCCGAAACCUGCUUGUGUCGCCGCUCCCUGGAAGCACGCAGCACCGCGAUCCGGUGCCCGCUGACACAGCGGAACACCGAUCAUUGUACAGGACCUCUGUGUGAGGUCCUGAUCAUGUGAUCACUGAUUAGCCAAUCAGUGAUCACAUGAAGAGUAGUAAGCAAGAUGUCACUUCUGACAUCAUUGCUUACUACGUGUGAGAUCUGUGAAUGAUCACAGAGAUCACAUGG